UUGUUUCGUUAUAUUACCUAACCAUUGGUUGGAUAAAUAAACGAAACCAAAAAAAAAGUCUCUGGUUUUGUGCUCGUGUUGCGAGGGUUGUGUGUGUGAAUUUUCAGGCCGGUUUACUUAGAAAAGCGCAUAUAUCUAAAGAAUAUCACAAUGGUGUCCCUGAAUCCCAUCAGAAUUUUAAAACAUGAAGCCGAAGAAGAAAAAGCAGAGGUGGCUCGAAUGUCGAGCUUCAUUGGAGCAAUAGCCAUAGGUGACUUGGUGAAGAGUACAUUAGGUCCCAAAGGAAUGGACAAAAUUUUGGUUUCUUGCGGAAGGAACUCUGGUCAGGUUGAGGUUACUAAUGACGGUGCAACUAUAUUGAAGUCAAUUGGAGUUGAUAAUCCAGCAGCCAAAAUCCUAGUUGAUAUGUCAAAAGUUCAGGAUGAUGAGGUUGGUGAUGGCACCACUUCGGUAACAGUGUUAGCUGCUGAGUUACUCCGUGAAGCUGAGAAGCUUAUUGAACAGAAACUUCAUCCACAAACAAUCAUAGCUGGUUGGCGCAUUGCAGUGGAUGCUGCUAAACAAGCUUUAUCUAAUGCUAGUUUUGAUCAUGAGAAGAACUUUAAUGAGGCUUCACUUAGAGCAGACCUGGAGAAUAUUGCACGCACAACAUUGAGUUCCAAGAUUUUGUCGAACCACAAAGAACAUUUCACCAAGUUGGCUGUAGAUGCUGUGCUUCGCCUCAAAGGUUCUGGCAACCUCAAAGCCAUUCAAAUCAUCAAGAUUUCUGGUGGAGUUUUGGAAGAGUCAUUCCUGGAUGAAGGUUUCCUUUUAAAUAAAAAGGUUGGUGUGCAUCAACCAAAACGGAUUGAGAAUGCAAAUAUUCUCAUAGCUAACACUCCAAUGGACACGGACAAGAUUAAAGUGUUUGGUUCUACCAUCAAAGUUGAUUCUAUGGCAAAGAUUGCUGAAUUAGAGGUUGCAGAAAAGGAAAAGAUGAAAGACAAAGUUAACAAAAUUCUGGCUCACAAAUGUAAUGUGUUCAUCAACAGGCAAUUGAUUUACAACUACCCAGAGCAACUGUUUGCUGAUGCGGGCGUGAUGGCGAUCGAGCAUGCUGACUUCGAAGGCAUUGAGCGUCUGGCCCUGGUCACUGGUGGAGAAAUUGUGUCCACCUUUGAUUCCCCAGACAAAGUUAAACUUGGACAUUGCAAACUUAUUGAGCAGGUGUUGAUCGGCGAGGAGUGCCUGAUAAGGUUCUCGGGCGUGGAGCUGGGCGCGGCGUGCACGGUGGUGGUGCGCGGCGCCACGCAGCAGGUCAUCGACGAGGCCGAGCGCUCGCUGCACGACGCGCUUUGUGUUCUGGCCGCCACCGUUAAAGAGCCCAAGGUCAUUUAUGGAGGAGGUGCAAGUGAAAUGCUAAUGGCGGAAGCGGUGUCGCGCGUGGCGGCGCGGACCCCGGGCAAGGAGGCCGCCGCGGCCGAGGCCUUCGCCACCGCGCUGCGGCGGCUGCCCUCGGCCGUGGCCGACAACGCCGGCUACGACAGCGCCGAGCUCAUCGCCAGGUUGAGGGCCAGUCAUGCGCAGGGGGAGAAUACAAUGGGGCUUGACAUGGAGAAUGGACGCGUGGGCGACAUGAAGAAGCUGGGCAUCACGGAGUCGUACGUGGUGAAGCGGCAGGUGCUGGUGUCGGCGGCCGAGGCGGCCGAGAUGAUCCUGCGCGUCGACAACAUCCUCAAGUCGGCGCCGCGUCGCCGCGGGCCCGACCGCCGCCCCUGCUAGGUGCUAGCCGCCGACCGACGGCGGAGUGCGGGUUUGCAUUUCCCUUCUCACCGCCCAAUCGAUUCGAAGUGACACGCAGCGAACCGAUCACAUUGCAGUCUGGUUGUCGUCGUGUCACAAUAGCCUACUGUGAUUGGUUAGCGUCUCGCUGCGAAUCGACAAGUGAGAUUUAAAUAGCAAAGUCACACUACGCACACAGAUCCAAGGGCUACACUAGCGCCGCGCACACUAGCGCCGCCAUCACAUUUUUAUCAAAUAAUAUAUCGCGGCACAUUCGCUGAACUUUGGCGGAUUAGGCAUACAUUGCUGGUUUUUCAUUGAAAACUACACUUUCUAAUAAUAGUGUGUAGUAUAAUUUGCUGUACCACUUUUUUAGUUUUAGCUAAUAAAUAAAAUUGAUAAAAAUAUGAUCGUGACACUAGUAUGCGACUAGGUAAGGCCUUAGACUAACUUUCAUUGUGAUACUAGUCGCACAGAAAGUUUCGUGACUGUUAAUUUUGUCAAAAUUAUCAUGUUAAAAAGUAAAACUUAUCAGUUUUUUUGACGAGAAUCUUGUCACGAAACUUAUUCGUGUCACAAGCUUCGUAAUGAAAGUUAGCCGUUUGCUAUUCUAGUGAAAAUCGUUUAUAACCAUCGUGAGAAAACAUCGAAAACGGAACAUUUGUACCAAAAUCUAAACGGACAUUUGUCGCUUAGAUUCCAGAAUCUACUCUCUUCUAUAGGGCUACAAAAAAAGGGAUGCAUACAUUUUCUAUCUUCCUGUUUAUGUUGCAACAUAACUGCAUCCCUUACUGCGCGAUAGAUACCAUACUUGAUAAUUCAAAAAAAAUUACACAAAAGGACAAGUCCUUUAUGGUACGCGGUACUAAAAUAAUUCUGUUAGUUAUGUAAUCACUACAUUAAUAAACGGUUUUAUUAGAAUGCUCUACAACUGCUCCCAUUUCACUAGAGAUAUCAGUUUUGUAUAUUGCUGAAUUUCUUAGUGAAAUAAAGUCUUAAAAAUCAAGUUCGAACACUUCUGCAUUUUUGUUACUUCUCGAAAUUUUGUAGUAAUACGUCUAAAAAUGGUCACUGCCUAAUUAGAUCAUAAAACACAGUUACUACUAAGUAUUUACACUGGAUAACAAAACUAUCACACUGCAGGUUAGUGAGGAUACAAGUAAAUUAGAGUAAAACAUUGAGAACUGAUUGUGUUCGAGCUUGGAACUUGCUUUUGAACGGAUGUUACAGCAAUAGGCCUUAUACUAUAUUUGUAACACAUUCAAUUCGUUAUAUUUUAAAAAAAUAGGAUUAAUAUUUGAAGUCUGUGAACAAUUAAUUUCCGUUGCAGUGAACUAAAGCUUUACACGUUAUUUUUAAACAAGUUGUCACAGUUUUAUUUUGCUAUUCACAAUAUUUUCAUACUUAUAGUAUAUUGCUAGCAAAUGCCAACCAUGUGACGUAUUUCCUUCAUUAAUUAGCUUUUAGUUUGAUUGGCAAAUGGUGCCUUGAUGUAUUAACAUAAUUUAAAAUAAAAUUACAAUUUAACAA